UCAGCGGCAGCAGCUCGGAGAGGCUGCGCGGGUGGAGCUGAAGGGAGGACGCGCGGGCCGGCGCAGCCAUGGUGAAAAUCAGCUUCCAGCCCGCCGUGGCCGGCGUCAAGGCAGACAAAGUAUCGGCGUCCUCUCCGGCCCCGGCGCCCGCCCAGGCCGCGGAGAUCCUGCUGACGCCAACUAGGGAGGAGCGGCCCCCCUACCACUGCCCCAAGAAGGGGGGCUCAGUGGGUGGCGUGUGCUACCUCUCGAUGGGUGUGGUCGUGCUGCUCACAGGCCUCGUCUUCGCCUCCGUCUACAUCUACAGAUACUUCUUCCUGGCUCAGCUGGCCCGAGAUAACUUCUUCCACUGUGGCGUGUUCUACGAGGACUCCCUGUCACAGGUCCAGACUCGAAUGGAGCUGGAGGAGGACGUGAAGAUCUACCUCGAAGAGAACUAUGAGCGCAUCAACGUCCCUGUGCCCCAGUUCGGUGGUGGGGACCCUGCAGACAUCAUCCACGAUUUCCAGCGGGGUCUCACCGCCUACCAUGACAUCUCCCUGGACAAGUGCUAUGUCAUCGAGCUCAACACCAGCAUCGUGCUGCCCCCACGCAACUUCUGGGAGUUGUUGGUGCACAUGAAGAGAGGAACCUACCUCCCGCAGACAUACAUCAUGCAGGAGGAGAUGGUGGUGACGGAGCACGUCAGUGAUAAGGAGGCCCUGGGCGCCUUUAUCCACCACCUGUGCAGUGGGAAGGACACCUACCGGCUCCGGCGCCGGGCCCCCCGGAGGCGCAUCAACAAGCGUGGGGCCCAGCAAUGCAACGCCAUCCGCCACUUUGAGAACACCUUCGUGGUAGAGACCCUCAUCUGCCAGGCACUGUGAGCCCACCACCCUACUCUGCCCUCUGGCCAUUCCGGCCCCCCUGCCUCGCUUAGCUUGUACUGUGGAUGCCUUCCCGUAGCUGUGCCCUGUCCUAUUCUUUCCAGGCCCACCCGCCUCCCUGUACCAGGGCUAUGACUGCCCGGACCCAGACUUUACUGAUUUCCUGGGGCCUGGGGGAAAGAGGAUGCUCCAAGAUGGUUGCUGUGCCCCACCAUCUUCAAAUUGGACCCCAGUGUCUGGGCCAAGGGGUGAGAUAGGCAGACAGGGUGGGGUCUCCAUACACACUUUGGCACAGGUGCCUGGGCUGGGGCUGAGGGUGUGCCUGGGGUUGGACCCACCAGUGCACAAGGGACAGUGGCUGUCCCUAAGUUCCCUGGGCCUCUGUCAGUGCCUUCAGCCCCCCCGGUGGAAGCCAGGGUUGGGGUGGGAUGAGUGAGUUCAGCACAAUAUUCUCCGAGUGGAACCAAAGAAUUGAGGGGCCAGGCCCCCUCCCUGGCCCCUGAGAGCACAGCUGGGUCCCCAUGGCGGGGACUGGCAGGGAGGUCACUUUCCUGGGCUGCAGCUCUAGGGAGGGGCUGGGCAUGGCUGUCUAACCCAGGGCUUUGUGACCAACGGAGCAGGGGGGAAGCCGCCCAGUCCCCACACCCUGCCUCCUCCAGCCCCUGCAACAGGACCACACUUUCUGUUUCCUUCUCACUUUUGCAUGUUUUUACUGAUGAUCCAGACGCUAACUGUCCUCAGCCCCAAGCCACUGGGUGCCGCCCAGAGAGGCAGCUCUUACAUGCUUUGUAUAUUUUCUCUAUUUGAUCUCUUUUCAGAAGUAU